GGCUGUGUUCGGGCUGGCGGCCAUCGGGACUCUUCGGCUGUGCUCGGCAGGUAACGGUCGGUACGUUCAAAUGUUCGGCCGCAGGUCUUCCUAGAGACUGAAGUGAAGAAAGAAACAGACGAGCGAAGCCGAUAGACGGACUUUGGAAGCGGAAUGACGGUGCUGCAGGAACCUGUCCAGGAGAGAAACCAGAUCCAGAUCAAGUGUUCAGGUUGUCUGCUCUACAGAACUCGUCUGUAGCCCUGCCCCCUCCACAUGUAAGCCCCGCCCAGAACCCAUCUCAUCGCCUCGACACGGCUCUCAUGGAGACCCCACAGGACACACUGGAGCUGAACCGUUUGAACCUUGAAUCGUCGAACGGAAAGCUAACGUCUGACGUGUCCGUUUCCUACAUCGACUCCUCCCUCAUAUCUCCAGAAACCGGCUCGCUGUUGGGUAGCACUGUUUCCAUCGCGUCAGCCGGGUCUCUGCUAGCUAAACAGAACAAACCCAAGAGUGGGCGGAGUUUGUUGGGUGGACCUGCUGCCCUCAGCCCACUGACGCCAAGUUAUGGCAUCCUGCCCCUAGAACCCAGUCCAGGAGAUCCCACAUACCUCCAGAACUAUUCAGCCACGAUGGAAACACAAAGCACAGCCUCCAGCAAGAAGUCUGUUUCCAGAAUCAGUCAGUCCAAGUCUGUCUUCGCUCAGAGUGGUAACAGCAGAGAUGUUCUCCCCAUUCCCUUCAACCAGUCGCAGACUUCAGCACCUCACACCAGUGGGUCUCCUCAGGUCCUUAGUCCAAGUAUGUCUGGUCCUCCUAAUGUUCAGCCCAGAAGAAGCUCCAGACUGUUUACCAGCGCCAGCUCUACUGCCAAGGAGAACAGUAAGAAGCUAAAGGUGAAGUUUCCUCCUAAGAUCACCCACAGGAAAAUCAAAGUUAAAUCAGCGAAGACAUCAAACAACAGCAACCUGAAUGAGAGUCUGGACAUCCUGAGACUGGAUCCCAGUUUGAGCCUGCCAGACACCAGAAUACCUCAGUACCAGCGGGCUGCUGCAGACAGUGUGAUGRCCCUGCUACGAGAGCUGGGCCGAGGCUACCAGGCGCUGUGUUUGUACAACUGCAGAGAGGCCAUCAACAUCCUGACGUCCCUGCCUCCUCAGCACUACAACACCGGCUGGGUCCUCACACACAUCGGCAGGGCCUACUUUGAGCUGGCCGAGUACAUGCAGGCGGAGCGUCUGUUCAGCGAGGUGCGCAGGAUCGAGUCGUACCGCGUGGAAGGUAUGGAGAUCUACUCCACCACUCUGUGGCACCUGCAGAAAGACGUGGCCCUGUCGGCGCUGGCCAAAGACCUGACGGACAUGGACAAGAACUGUCCCGAGGCCUGGUGUGUGUCAGGAAACUGCUUCAGUCUCCAGAGGGAGCACGACAUCGCCAUCAAGUUCUUCCAGAGAGCCAUCCAGGUGGACCCAGGUUUUGCAUAUGCCUACACUCUGUUGGGUCACGAGUUUGUUCUGACGGAGGAGUUGGACCGAGCUCUCGCCUGCUUCCGAAAUGCCAUCAGAGUCAACAACCGACACUACAACGCCUGGUAUGGACUUGGAAUGAUUUACUACAAACAGGAAAAGUUCAACUUGGCAGAAAUCCACUUCAAGAAAGCUCUGAGCAUCAACCCUCAAAGCUCUGUCUUGCUUUGCCAUAUCGGAGUGGUGCAGCAUGCUCUAAAGAAGUCCGAUGCUGCUUUAGAGACUCUGAACCGAGCCAUCACCAUCGAUCCAAAGAAUCCACUCUGCAAGUUCCACCGAGCAUCCAUCCUGUUCGCCAACGACAAGUACAAGGCGGCUCUGCAGGAGUUGGAGGAACUGAAGCAGAUCGUUCCCAAAGAGUCUUUGGUUUACUUCCUCAUAGGAAAGGUGUAUAAGAAGCUGGGUCAGACCCACCUGGCUUUGAUGAACUUCAGUUGGGCCAUGGAUCUGGACCCUAAAGGAGCCAACAACCAGAUCAAAGAAGCCAUCGAUAAGAGAUACCUGCCUGAGGACGAAGCAGCAGAGGUGGACAGUCAGGACAGCAGCAUUAUGACGGACGCCGACGACACGCAGCUCCACACGGCUGAGAGCGACGAUGUCCUUUAGCCCCGCCCCUUGUCUUUGCCCCCAGGAUUUCCGUUGCUAGGCAAUAUGCUGAUGGAGAAAUGUUGAGUUUAGCUCCACCCAGCCCCUCCCCUUUUAUCCCCUGACUGGCUGAAACGGACUGCUGCUGAUCUUAAGCCCCGCCCCCUCACCUUCUGACAUCACAGCUGUUUUUUUUUUAUUGUUCUUUUUAUUUUGUUUGUUUUGUCCU